GCAGAGUGAGCGCUACUCGCAGGCUGCUUGGAGUCCACCGUGUGGGCAUUGAGUAAUGGAGGCGUAAUCUCAGCGUUACCAGCGUUUUCAGAGUUACCAAGCCCAUUGGGAUACAGUUGGAGUGUUGUUGUGUGUUGGUAUUUUUAUUUGUUUUUGAUUUAUGUACAUUCCAUCUUUUCGUACCGGAGAGAAGACGUGUACUUCACCAUUGCGUUUGCUGGAUUUCCGGAGAGAUGUGGAGUCUUACAAACAUCAUUGCCUGCUUUAUCCUGCUGUCUAAACCCGCCAAUGCACAAAACAAGGUGUUCGGGGAGGCGGAGCCGGUGCGGAUGACGUCAGAGGGCUCGGACUGCCGGUGCAAGUGCAUCAUGCGGCCGCUGACGCGGGACGCCUGCGCGCGUCUGCGCAGCGGGAGCGUGCGCGUGGAGGACUUCUACACCGUGGAGACGGUCAGCGCCGGCUCCGACUGCAAGUGCUCCUGCACCGCGCCGCCCUCCUCCCUCAACCCCUGCGAGAACGAGUGGAAGAUGGAGAAGCUGCGCAAACAGGCACCCGAGCUGAUGAAGCUCCAGACGAUGAUCGACCUACUGGAGGGCACUCUGUACAGCAUGGACAUGAUGAAGGUGCACUCCUACAUCAGCAAGGUGGCCUCUCAGAUAAACACCCUGGAGGAGUCCAUUAAGGUUAACCUAACCAGGGAGAACGACUUUGUGAGGGACAGCGUCACCAGCCUGACCGAUCAGCUGAAGAGAUAUGAGAACUACUCUGACAUCAUGGUCAGCAUAAAGAAGGAGAUAUCCAACCUCGGCCUGCAGCUCUUACAGAAGGAUGGCUCACCAUUGGAUAACAAACUCCAGGAAACAGCCACAGAGGGAAAGACGAAGGACGCCGCCAAGUUUCCCGCCAAAAUCGCUUCGGGAUCCAAGCCGCCCAAGGAGAGGCCGGCCAGGUCCAGGAAGGAGGGCGGCAAGGCCGGGAAAUCCGCCAAGGGGGCGGGGCAUCAGCCCGCGGUUGUCAGGGGAAUCACGUACUACAAGGCCGAGGAGGCGGAGCAAGGCGGGAACAGCAGAGUACAGGCCGUGUUCUGCAGUCCGUGUUUUACCAACGCACCUCCUCACCGUCCCCUUUCCUCAGAGAACCCUGCCAAACCCAACGCCAUCGACGCCAACGCCUACAAGGACAAGCCUCCUGGGGACACACCCCUGGGGUCUGACCCCAGCCUGGAGGCUACCACAACCGCCCCCACGACCACGACCACGACCACCACAACCACAACCACGCCCACCACCACAACUACCACUACAGCAACAACCACUACUGCCAGCAAGACAUUAGCCCCAACCAUUAUGCUAGUGCUGGACAACUCUGACAACAGCAGCCAGUCCCUCUCCAACCGAGCAGAGAAAGACCCGGACUGCGAGGGAACGAUAGCCUCGGUGGACAAGCCGAAGAAGCAGCACAGCUACGGGCGCAACGAGGGCGCCUGGAUGAAGGACCCCAUCGGCAGUGACUCCAAGAUCUACGUCACCAACUAUUACUAUGGCAACAACCUGGUGGAGUUCCGGAACCUGUACAAUUUCAAGCAGGGUCGAUGGAGUAACCUGUACAAGCUCCCGUAUAACUGGAUCGGCACGGGUCACGUGGUCUACGGCGGCGCCUUCUACUACAACCGGGCCUUCACCAGGAACAUCAUCAAGUACGACCUGCGGCAGCGCUACGUGGCGGCCUGGGCGCAGCUGCCCGACGUGGUCUACGAGGACGCCGCGCCCUGGAAGUGGAGGGGCCACUCCGACGUGGACUUCGCCGUGGACGAGAGCGGCCUGUGGGUGGUCUAUCCCUCGCUGGACUACGACUACGGCCAGGGCGAGGCCGUCGUGGUGAGCCGGCUGGACCCCGGCGACCUGUCGCUAAGGAAGGAGACCACCUGGCGCACCGGCCUGCGCCGCAACGCCUACGGCAACUGCUUCAUCGUGUGCGGCGUGCUGUACGCCGUGGACGCGCACGACCGGCGGGAGGCCGAGGUCUCCUACGCCUACGACACGCACACGGGCGCCGAGGCCACGCCCCUCCUGCCCUUCCUCAACGAAUACUCCUUCAGCACCCAGAUCGACUACAACCCCAAAGAGAAGGUGCUGUACGCCUGGGACAACGGCCACCAGCUCACCUACGGCAUCCAGUUCGUGGGUCACCAUUAACGCCACUGUGAAACAGACCACCGGCUAAACUGAUUAAAGCUCCAGUCGACAGCUCCAUCCAUCUGCAUUCUCUCUCCACGAGCACAUUCGUAAAGAAUUUUUAAAAAAGGAAAAUCAGUUGUUAGCUGACAUUAUUUUGCUAUUUUUCAAAAAAGAAAAAAAACAAAAACAUUUUUGUCAUUGAUGUUUUUCUUGUGUUUUUGUUCCUUUGGAGAUGGGUAGAGUGUGAGCUGCUGUGGUCCGGUAGUUAAAGUCCCUUUCCUCUAAAGGAGACGACAUCGCUUUCUAAAAUCGUCACACACAGAAAAAUCAUAUGCUUUUGUUCUCAUUUACUCUGAACAAAAGGACUAUGUGGACAUUUCCACACACAAACCUGUCUGUGAUGGGGGAGAUUCAAAUCGAAUGGUGUUCAAAUUACAGUUAAACAAAGUUCCAGGAGCAUAUAUACAUAUAUUUUUAUCUGUUGGUUCUUAUUUUUAAAAUAACAUUUUAAAUAUAUUUUACAUUUGUAAUAGUUUACUACUCUUUGGGACUAACGAGUAGUAAACUAUACUACCUUUUCAGAAAUAAUAAAUAUGAAAACAUUUUAUUUCUUCAGCACAGUAAGAAAUACUACCAAUUUUUAUUUUCAGAUUUUCUUGCAAUGUAAUUAUGUAAAUGAAAGUUCUCUUGUAAAUAGUUUAACAUGUUCCUUGUGGGUUUGAAAAUAAAGUAAACAGCACCUCUGGUAAUUAUCCGCUGGCUAUCAAAUGAUGAGGGGUGAACUCUAGUCUCCUAGAGCCGCAGUAUCUGCUGGUUUCUGCUCUUAAGACUAAACUGAGUCACUGCUUGGCUUAAGACUCCACACAUCCUGUUUCCAAAGCCUAAAAUGGCUGAUGACUGAAAGGAAACCCCAACAGAACCCAACAGAAGUUUGAAAUGCUUCAUUUUCUUCAGAAAGCAACUGGCAAGAGCAUUACGUUUUAUUUAAGCAGUGCCUGAUCACUCGAUAUAAUUGGAAAUCUGUGUUCCAUUAAAUCCUGGAAAAAAAACUUGCAAAAGCAACCUCAGCCAGCGAACGCAGUGUCCACUGGCUGCUGUUAAUGGGCAGGACGGUGGGAGGCCAGCGGGGAGAUCGGGGGAGGCAGUGGAGCUGCGGAUCAGCUGCUAAAAGAACGCGCUGUAGGCGGUGAACGACCCUGCCGCUGGCGGACCAACGGCUCCCGCCGUUGUCAGGUGUUUACGCUCUCUGUUCUCCCGCACAAACAGCCGUAUCAAACGGAAGCGCGGAUUUCAUACUUACACCGUGUAACCUGAAAAGUCUGGGGGUUUUUUUUAAGUUUUUUGUUGAGGGUAGGAGGGCGUUUCCAUCAAGUUGUGCGCAAAGAGCAAAAUAAAAGCGUGAAAGAGGC